UUUCUCUUAUGUGGGGUCUUUGACAAAGCCCUCCUGUCUGAGUCCUCCCACUUCAUUCGCUUUCAAAUCACUGUGCCCAAAGAGGUCUUCACUCCCCCAAGCCCAAACCUGGAGCCCUGCAGCGCCAUCAGCGGCAGUAUCUUCCUAUUUGAGGGACGUCUCUUAUUAAUCAGAAACGCUGAAUGGAAACCAAUCAGAUAGAGAGUUCCUUUGGCUUCAGCUUCCUGCCUGUCUGAGUUAAAAGUGAUGCUCGAAGAGAAAGCCACACUGAGAUGCAUGAAGAUUCAGCUGUGAAGAUACUAUAAAAAGAGAAGAGAAGGACCGAGACAGAAGCAACAACGGAAUUGUCAGUGCUGAGUAGUGCUAAACUCCGUUCCAUUGUUAAGCAAGGAAAAACAAACAAUACAUUGAACUUGACAACCCACCGAAGUCGAAGAUAAUGAGGACUUACCAUUGUAUACCAUUAUUCAUCUGGACCUAUAUAUACCAUACAGUUGACACCAUCCUAUUACAAGAAAAAGCUAAUGGUUAUUUAUCAAGCAAAAAGAUAGUGGGUCUGACAAAAGAUGAUGGUAAAAUGCUACGUCGCACCAAGCGUGGCUGGAUGUGGAAUCAGUUCUUCUUAUUGGAAGAGUACACAGGUACUGACACACAAUAUGUAGGCAAGCUUCACACUGACCAAGAUAAAGGCGAUGGAAAUUUAAAAUACAUACUAACAGGAGAUGGGGCUGGCAGUCUAUUUGUUAUAGAUGAAAAUACAGGAGACAUUCAUGCUGCAAAGAAACUAGACAGAGAAGAAAAAUCUCUGUACAUUCUUCGUGCCAAGGCAAUAGACAGAAAAACUGGACGGCAGGUGGAACCGGAAUCGGAAUUUAUCAUUAAAAUUCAUGAUAUCAAUGACAAUGAGCCAAAAUUUACAAAAGACUUAUACACUGCCAGUGUUCCUGAAAUGUCUGGAGUUGGUACAUCUGUUAUACAAGUGACAGCAACUGAUGCAGAUGAUGCCAACUAUGGAAAUAGUGCCAAAGUGGUCUAUAGCAUAUUGCAAGGACAGCCAUAUUUUUCAGUGGACCCAGAAUCAGGUAUAAUAAAAACUGCAUUACCAGACAUGAGCAGAGAAAAUAGAGAGCAGUACCAGGUUGUUAUACAGGCCAAAGACAUGGGCGGCCAGAUGGGAGGCCUUUCUGGAACCACCACUGUCAACAUCACACUGACAGAUGUCAACAACAAUCCUCCUCGAUUUCCACAGAGUACGUAUCAAUUUAAUUCUCCUGAGUCUGUACCUCUUGGAACUCAUCUUGGAAGGAUAAAAGCCAAUGACCCUGAUGUGGGGCAAAAUGCAGAGAUGGAAUAUAGCAUUGCUGAAGGAGAUGGUGCAGACAUGUUCGAUGUCAUCACUGACAAGGACACACAGGAAGGGAUUAUAACUGUCAAACAGAAUUUAGAUUUUGAAAAUAAAAUGCUCUACACUUUAAGAGUGGACGCCAGCAACACUCACCCUGAUCCACGAUUCUUAUACCUGGGACCUUUCAAAGACACGGCUGUGGUCAAAAUAUCUGUGGAAGAUAUAGAUGAGCCUCCUGUGUUCAGUAAAGUCUCUUAUUUGAUAGAAGUAGAUGAAGAUGUAAAGGAGGGCAGCAUCAUUGGACAGGUUACAGCGUAUGACCCAGAUGUCAGGAACAAUUUAAUAAAAUACUCUGUUGAUCGGCAUACUGAUAUGGACCGUAUUUUCGGCAUCCACUCAGAAAAUGGCUCUAUUUUCACUUUGAAAGCCCUUGACCGGGAAUCAUCUCCUUGGCAUAACAUCACUGUUACAGCCACAGAAAUAAAUAACCCAAAACAAAGUAGCCACAUUCCGGUCUUCAUCAGAAUUCUAGAUAUAAAUGACCAUGCUCCGGAAUUUGCCAUGUAUUAUGAAACAUUUGUUUGUGAAAAUGCAAAACCUGGGCAGUUGAUUCAGACUGUCAGUGUCAUGGAUAAAGAUGACCCACCCCGAGGUCACAAAUUCUUCUUUGAACCAGUGCCAGAAUUUACUCUCAAUCCGAAUUUCACCAUUGUAGAUAAUAAAGAUAAUACGGCAGGGAUCAUGACUCGAAAAGAUGGCUACAGUCGCAACAAAAUGAGCACCUACCUACUGCCCAUUUUAAUAUUUGACAACGAUUAUCCGAUUCAAAGCAGCACUGGCACACUCACAAUUCGUGUGUGUGCCUGCGAUAGUCAAGGAAACAUGCAAUCCUGCACUGCAGAAGCCCUGAUUCUCUCAGCCGGCCUGAGCACCGGAGCUCUCGUCGCGAUUCUGCUCUGUGUCCUCAUACUGCUUAUUUUAGUCGUGCUGUUUGCUGCAUUGAAGAGACAAAGAAAAAAGGAACCCCUGAUAAUUUCAAAAGACGACGUCCGGGACAACGUUGUGACCUACAAUGAUGAAGGCGGCGGGGAAGAAGAUACCCAAGCUUUUGACAUUGGCAAGUUAAGGAAUCCAGAGGCGAGAGAAGACAGUAAACUUAGACGGGAUGUAAUGCCCGAAACGAUUUUUCAGAUCAGGAGAACUGUGCCUCUGUGGGAAAAUAUUGAUGUACAAGAUUUUAUCCAUCGAAGAUUAAAAGAAAAUGACGCAGACCCAAGUGCACCUCCGUACGAUUCACUGGCAACGUAUGCCUAUGAAGGGAAUGAUUCCAUAGCAGAUUCACUCAGUUCUUUAGAAUCUCUCACAGUUGAUUGUAACCAAGAUUAUGAUUACCUCAGUGACUGGGGGCCUCGUUUUAAAAAACUUGCUGAUAUGUACGGGGGUGAUGAUAGUGACCGAGACUAAGAGGAUUGUUUGACUUGGUCAAUAUUAGUGGAAGUACUAUGUUAUUAGCUUGAGUGGCCUGAAUUAUCACUCUGGAAGGAAAUUUGUCAAAAAAUUGAAAUUACAAACAAUACAUAGGUGUUGUCUUAGUAGGGACUUGCUUAAUCAGUAAGUAUUCGUGAAUGAAUAUGAAUGACAUAGAUUUUUUAAAAAGUAAUAACCAGUUCACCCUCUUUGCCUAACAAUCUCGGAAGGAAAGUAUAUCACAUCAAUAAUCAAUAAAAAUAUUUAAAAGGCUUUUUGUGCCUUUUCUUAGGUAUAAUAAUUUAUAAAUGUUUUCUUAACUGACUUUCAGUCACCUUUACUAUUAAACUAAAGAUUGUGCAAAUGCUUUGUAAAUUAAUAUGAAAAAGAUAUAACCCUAAUGAAAUAGGAAUGACUAUUACUGCCAUAUUUAUUUAGUUGAAGAAUGUCUGUGUUAAUUCAUUCAUAUUUUUAUAAAUGUAUAUUUAUAUUUUUGUAUUUUUAUGAAAUAAACUAGUAUUUAUAAAAUACAUUUCAUUUUAUUUAAUUCCUAGAGACAGCUUUGAUCUCAUUUGUAACAAAAUGUUUUACACUUUCAAAUGUAAAACAUGAUUCACUCAGGGAAUAAGCAGUUCAGCAACUACUGCAUGAAUUUGGACCUACAAUGUAGUGAAAGUAUAAAAUAACUUGGUACAAAUUUUUCCAUUUCAGUCACUUAAAUAUGGACUAAUGUUUAUAGGACCACUGAUGUCUAAUUAUCAAUAGAGUAUGAGAAACAUUUGGAAUAUAAAAUAUUAUAUGUGUAUAUAUAUAUAUAUAUAUAUAUAUAUAUAUAUAGUUGUGGAUAAUAAAUUUUGUUUUUAUGCAAGUCUUUACUAUGGGAUCAACCAGUGAACUAUAUUUGAGAGUAAAUGAAGUGUGUGCCAGUAAUGUUAUGUAAAUAUGGAAAAAAUCUAAAUCGAUCUUAUUUCAUUAAUAGUAUACUUUUCAAAAUGAGAAAUCAUAGUUCUGAGUUUUUUUUUUCUUCAUGAUGAGACAAUUCAUGGGAUAUGUGCUCAGCUGUGGGUAACAUGUUUAAAACGUGUAUUGAAUACUAGAGAGUUUGUUUUUAAAUUUAUUAUAUUGUUGAGGAAAUUCCAAGUCAUCAUAUUUGAGAAAAUUUUGAAAGUGCUAUGGAAAAGUAGAGAAAAGAAACCUAAAAGAAUGUGAUGGCUUACUAAUCAUUGUGAUUGUCCAGAAAACAGAAUAUAGGCACCUCAAAGCAUGGGGGAGAAGAAGAGAUGGGAAUCUUAACCAUCAUCUGCAAAUGUUUGAAAGAUUGCCAUGUAUAAACCGGCCCUGAUUUGGCCUAAAUUUAAACCCAGAAAUGGGAACUUCACAGAGAGAUUGCACGUUAUCUAUUUUCUGUGCCGAGAAUUAACCUUUAUUCUUCUUUAAUUAUUCAUCCUUUAAGCAGCUAAUGCCAUGCUCACUGUGAAUCCUAGGUGGAAUUCAGAGAGGAGAAAUUUAACUUUGUCUAGUUUGUUACCAAGAGAUUUUUAAGGAGCAAAUACCAAAUUAUAAACACGUACUUAUUUGUUGUAUAUCACUAAGCUUUUGCAGACCAAGACUAACUCUAGAACUUUACCUUCAAUAGCUAACACAUAUUAAGGAUUUAACUUAAUGCUAAGAAAAAAAAUUAAGAAUUAAGAAUUAUUUGAAAUGUUUCUGCUGAUCACAAUCACAAAGAAAACAGAAAGAUUUUAGUUUUAGUUUUAAUUUAGAUAAUUUUAGUUUUUCCUUAGAAAAUAAUUAGUUUCCCCAUUGCCAAAGCUCAUCCAUCAUAGAUCAGACAAAUAUCUGAAUAGGAUAUAUAGAGGGGCUUGAGGUAAUUAAAAAACAAGUUAGGCAUCUAGCAAGCCCCUUAUAAUCACUUUAUUCUAUAAUCACUAGAAGGUUAAGUAACAAUAAGUAAAUCAAAUUCUAAGAAGACCUAUACUGACUGUACAUGUAGUGGCUGUUUAAAAAAAGAUGACAUUAUGUGGCAGGAGAGAUGAAGAAAUUGGUAAUUAUGUAGCUUGCCUGGGCUUACCAUGCUAGAAAUACUAAGAGCACUGCAAUGAACCAAGCUACCUACAAGCUAUAGAUCUACAAUUGAUACGAAAGAGUCAUAUCGUCAUUAGAUAGAAUAAGGCAUUAAAUUUUUUAGCUUGUGAAAUAUUGUUUGGAUGUUUUUUUUUUUUUUGACAAAUAAUGAAGUUAGUUUCAAAGUUCUCCCUUUCUUUGAUUUGUGAAAUGGCUGACCUAUGGUAGUUUUUGUAAGAAGGACAGAGCUAGCAGAAUUAAUAUUAACUGGUAUAUGUGUGUUUUUCUAAACCUGACUUAAACACCAUGAAUCAGAAGAUCUGAUCGAAUGAAGGAAAUUAACAGAUCUGUAUAAUAUUAAUACUUUCUAUACUUUUAUAAUAGUCUAUGAAAUAUCCAUAGUAGGGGAAAUGCAUUUAGAAGCCAGAUGGACAAGAUUUUGUUAUUUUCUUACUAGCUAACUAAAUGAAUCACUGAAAUUCUUCAGAAAAACAGACAUCAUAAUAUUCACCCUAUUGGAUUGGGAAUUUAUUUUACUAGAUGCACACAAUAUCCUCAGUAAGAUUAGUUUCUAUUACUUUAUUCUCAUGAACUAUGGGGUUGGUAAAAUUUGAAGAUAAUUUAUUCUUAAUGUGUACUUACCAAACUAAAUUAAUUAGCUCUGAUUAUUUCAAACUAAAAUAGAAUUAAAUUAAAAUCAAUUGAGUAACCAUUAUCCCAAAUAUAAUUAAACUUAAUUUCAUUGUUUUAUUUAGAAAGUUCAAUAAUUUUCAGAAUAUGUCUAUAUAUAUAUCUGAAUUUCUGUCAGUAUGAAUAACCUAUCUACACUAUUUGAAUUUUAAUACACAGCCUGGAUAUUGUUCCAUUCAAUUUUGCUUUCAGGCACGUUGAAUCAAUUCCAAUAACUUAAAUACUAAAUUCAGUAAAGAAAAUAAAAUAGUAUUAACAAUAAAAGCAAGCAAACAAAAACAAAAAACAAUAUCUCACCUUAAUCAUCGGUGGAUAUUGAUCAUUCCUUUCACUUUGGCACAAGUAUCAUAAUUGGCCUUUAGGAUUCUUUAUUCUGUUGGUUGUUCUUUAACCUUACUCUGUCUUUGUUACUGGUUCUUUCUCUUCUUUUCUAGCUCUUUAUUUUAGAGUUACCCAGUUUCUUCCUUUCUAGUUAAAUGCAGGUCCUCAGUAUUCUUAUCAAUUUUCCAGUUAUUAUACAUGUCCGUAUCUAUAUCUACAUAAGAUAUAGAUUGAAAAUACAUGAUUUUAUACCUCCCACCUUCACUUCUUUCUAAUAAUCCAAACAUAUACCUAACUAUUCUAAAUUUCUGCUUGAAUAGAUAUGCCAAAAGUAACGUGUCCAAAUUUUAACUACUAAUUUCCACUCCAAUCUUUCCUCAGCUUGUCCGAUCUCAGUUAAUGAAAACUCUGUCCUUCUACUUGUCCAGGCCGUAAACCAAGCAAUGAAUCUUCAUUCAUCUCAUUCUGUUAUCCUCCGUUACCUAAUACUUUAAAAGAUCCUACUAAUGAUGCCUUUAAAAUGUAACUGGUAUACAAAGACUUUUCAUCACAUCUCCUGCUGGUCUAAUACUCAUACUUGGAUUACUGCAACAUGCUUCUAAGUGUUUCUUCUCACUAGCUUCUCUUCCUGCCUUCUAUUUCCAACCCGAUACAGAGCAGGUAUGCUUCUUUAUUUAACUAGUUAAAUUUAGAUGUGUCACUUCUCUUUUUAGAACUUACCAGUUGUUCAUUUACAGUGAGAGGCAGUUCUCAUAGUGGCCUCUAAAGACUCGUCAGAUAAGACUCCUAUUAUUUAUCUAAUAAAUUAUUCUUAUUUCUUUCAUUCAUUUCAAUUCAACUAUUCUGGAAUCCUUGUUUCUCCUCAAAACUGGCAAGCGUUUCUUUCCAUUUGACUGACUAAUCAUUUUCUUUGGAGUAAUCUUUCCCCAGAUAGCCACAAAGUUAACUUAGUAACUACCUUCAAGUCCAUUUUUAAAUGUGACCUUCUUAGUGAGAAACAUAUUGGCUGAUCUAUUUAAAAUCACAGUCCUCCACACCCAUUUCUCCUUUCUCUAUUUUUAAAAAUACACAUUUGCCACAGCACAUUUUACCAAUCAACCUGAUAUAUAAUUUGUUUAUUCUUUUACUUUUUGUCUCUCUACUUCUACUAGAAUGCUUGAUUUCUUUGGACAAUAAAUUUUACCUAUCUUAUUCAUUAAAGUAUCUCAGGUGCCCAGAUUGUUGUCUCAUACCUUGUCUGCAUGCAGCAAAUACUUGACGAAUACUGAAUAAAAUGCUUAAUAUUUAUAUAUGAGCAUUUUAAAAAUUUUGUAGAAUAUUAUAAAUACAUGGGAGUUUAAAAAAAAAUGUGGCUGGGCAUGGUGGUUCAUGCCUGUAAUACCAGCACUAUGGGAGACAGAGGUGGUAGGAUUGCUGAGGUCAGGAGUUCGAGAUCAGUCAGGGCAACACAGAGGAAAAUCUGUUUCUAAAGAAUUUAUAUAUAUAUAUAUAUAUAUAUAUAUACACACACAUAUAUAUAUUUAUGUAUAUAAAUAUAUGUUUAUAUAUAAAUAUAUAUAUAUACAUAUAUAUAUAUUUUAUUGUACUUUAGGUUCUGGGGUACAUGUACAGAUCAUGCAGGACUGUUGCAUAGAUACACACAAUGUGGUUUGCUGCCUCUAUCUCCCUGUCACCUAUAUCUUGCAUUUAUCCCCAUGUUAUACCUCCCCAACCUUCUUAACCCCCACUGUCUGUCCCCUCACUAGACCCCCCCAACAGACCCCAGUGUGUGAUGCUCCCCACCCUGUGUCCAUGUGUUCUCAUUGUUCAUCACCCACCUAUGAGCGAGUGUGGUGUUUGAUUUUCUGUUCUUGUGUCAGUUUGCUGAGAAUGAUGGUUUCCAGAUUCAUCCUUGUCGCUACAAAGGACACGUACUCAUCGUUUUUUAUGGUUGCAUAGUAUUCCAUGGUGUAUGUGCCACAUUUUCCUUGUCCAGUCUAUCAUUGAUGGGCAUUUGGGUUGGUUCCAGGUUUUUACUGUUGUAAACAGUGCCACAAUGAACAUAUGUGUGCAUGUGUCUUUAUAAUAGAACAAUUUAUAAUCCUUUGUAUAUGUACCCAGUAAUGGGAUUGCUGAGUCAAAUGGAAUUUCUAUUUCUAGGUCACUGAGGAAUUGCCACACUGUCUUCCACAAUGGUUGAACUAAUUUGCACUCCCACCAACAGUGUAAAAGUGUUCCUAUUUCUCCACAUCUUCUCCAGCAUCUGUUGUGUCCAGAUUUUUUUAAUGAUCACCAUUCUUACUGGCAUGAGGUGGUAUCUCAAUGUGAUUUUGAUUUGCAUUUCUCUAAUGACCAGUGAUGAUGAGCAUUUUUUCAUGUUUGUUGGUCUCACAUAUGUCUUCUUUUGAAAAGUGUCUUUUCAUGGCCUUCACCCACUUUUGAAUGGGUUUGUUUUUUUUUCUUGUAAAUCUGUUUUAGUUCUCUGUAGAUUCUGCAUAUUAGCCCUUCAUCAGAUGGGUAGAUUGCAAAAUUUUUUUCCCAUUCCAUAGGUUGCCGAUUCAGUCUAAUGAUUGUUUCUUUUGCUGUACAGAAGCUCUGGAGUUUAAUUAGAUCCCAUUUCUCUAUUUCGGCUUUUGUAGCCAAUGCUUUUGGUGUUUUAAUCAUGAAAUCCUUGCCUAUGACUAUGUCCUGAAUGGUUUUGCCUAGGUUUUCUUUUAGGGUUUUUAUGAUGCUAGGUCUUAUGUUUAAGUCAUUUAUCCAUCUGGAGUUAAUUUUAGUGUAAGGUGUCAGGAAGGGGCUCAGUUUCUGUUUUCUGCACAUAAUUAUUCAGUUAUCCCAACAGCAUUUAUUAAACAGGGAAUCCUUUCCCCAUUGCUUGUUUUUGUCAAGUUUGUCAAAGAUCAGAUGGUUGUAGAUGUGUGGCAUUGCCUCUGAGGCCUCUGUUCUGUUCCACUGGUUUUUUUAAAAAUUAGCCAGGUGGAGUUGUGAAUGCCUGUAGUCCUAGUUAUUUGGAAGGCUGAGUUAGGAGGAUGGCUUAAGCCAGGAGUUCAAAGCUGCAGGGAGCUAUAAUAACACCACUGAGCAAGACUCUGUCUCAAACAAAAACAAAACAACAAACAAACAAUGUGAACAAAAAAGAAAAUUAUACUCAAAUUUACAACAAUGUACUUGUUUUAAACACAAUAUUAAUUACACUCUAGACUGUUAUAUUGAAAGAUGGUUUGCUGAAGUCUGGUUGAUCACGAUUAAGUCACUAUUUGAAAAGAUCUUUUCAAAAAUCUUGAAAAAAAUUUUUCAAGUUGAAAAAUAAAAGCCUUACACAACUAAAAUUGUAUUGAAUAAUGUUAGUUUCUAAAAGAUAAUGGUAAUGGAAUUUUACUAGAUUUCAGACCAUCAACUCUAAAUGUCAGAAUCAAAAGUCAAGCCCACACAGAAAAGGAAUAAAAAUGUAAAACCCUUCUCUUCUGCAGUUGUAAUUAACUUUCCAAUGGCCUAGUCAUUGGGCUGCUGUCCGCUCACUGCUGUCUUGCAGUUGGGUGAUGGAUUAUGGGUUCUGGCAAGUUAAACUCUAAGAAAACAUUGUCUUACUUAAAUAUGCUUAAUUGCUUCCCAAAUUUCUAUUGGAACAUCUUUAGAAUAAAUAUACUUUAAUGAUUGUUCAUAAUGCAGUAGAAAUACCGGCUACUUAAAUCUAUAUGAUGAAAAUAGCAACUCGGAGACAUUAAACCUCAUCUGACCUGUAGUCAGUUAUUGGUUUUGUUCGGUUUUGUUUUGGAAAGAAGAUUGGUAGAAUAUUGUUAGAAUAUUGUGUUGAAAACUGUAACAAGUUACCAUACUAUUGACUACAUUUAAAAAUCAUGAUAUUUUACCUGUAAAUCAUUCUCUCUAGAUUUUCUUAGAUAAUAGAUCAGUUAAUUUAAGCAUUUAUUCCUUAUAUUUAUGUUUUACUCAGAUAAUUUUAUAACUUGUCACUUCAUGUCUAUGUCAUUUUCUUUUAGAUGUUUUAAAAUUCUUAUUAUUUCUGAACAGAUGAGUAUAAAACUCUUGAGUGUAAUAAGUUUUCAACAAUAUAUACAUUUUCAUAUUUAAUUUUAAUGUAACCAAAAAUAUAUAUGCUAUGAUUAAUUCUAUUUCAUGUUACUUUGGGCUUGGUUUUUUGUUUUCUUAUAACUGAUUUUGCCCCAAACUCUAUGGCAAUUGUCUAAAUUUCAGGUUCAGACACAAACAAGUAGGGAAUUGAUUUUACAUUCUUGAGGAAAUGUCUCCUGCAGUUUGCUGAACUGCUCCAGUCUGGACAGACCAGUUGCUUACUCUGCCUGUGCUGAGCCCUCAUUGUGGUGUUUCCUUCUACUAUCAACUGGGGAUGCCCUUCAUCUCCCCUGAAGAGCUAGAGUCCUGAGCCCCAUAUCCCAUAUCAAGCCCAUUCUCUUUGCUUUCCUUGCUCCACCUUCUUCUAAAUAUAAGAUAAUUUGAAUUACACAUCUCCCAAAUGAUGUUAUUGUUUACUUUUGUCUAACAUUAUAGCUUUAUUAUACUUUAAACUAAAAAUAUUCCUUGGUAAUUAAUUGUUCUUUUUGUUCUGGCCGUACUGGGCACUCUGGAGUUUUGCUAAUAGGAAGGAUGUAUUUGAGUUCCUCAGUCAUCAGAAAUCUCUCUUAUAGGUACGUACACAAGGUUUCAUUAAAUUAUAUUAUCUGCCUGCUCCUGGCAGAUACUGGCAUUUAAGCUGGUAACUCCUAUUAUGUAACAUUAGCUACAAUUUCUUAAGUUAAAAAUGCUGUUAUUAAAUACCUUAUUAUUGAUUUGUAAUUAUUUUAAGCUUAGUAGGUAGUCCUUAUUCAUAUUAGCAAAUAAGAAAUUCAUAUGUAGGGCCAGGCAGGGUGGCUCCUGCCUGUUAUCCCAACACUUUGGAAGGCUGAGGCGGGUGGAUCAACUGAGGUCAGGAGUUUGAGAUAAGCCUGACCAACAUGGAGAAACUCCAUCUCUACUCAAAAUACAAAAUUAGCCAGGUAUGGUGGCACAUGCCUGUAAUCCCAGCUACAUGGGAGGCCGAGAGGCAGGAGAAUCACUUGAAGCCAGGAGGCAGAGGUUGCAGUGAGCCAAGAUGGCACCACUGCACUCCAGCCUGGUCAAUAAGAGUAAAAGUCUGUCUCCUUGCAGCCAAAAAAAAAGAAAGAAAGAAAAAAGGAGGAAAGAAAGAAAGAAAGAAAGAAAGAAAGAAAGAAAGAAAGAAAGAAAGAAAGAAAGAAAGAAAUUCACAUGAUUAAAAAAAAUCUUUUCAGGUGAUUAUGUUCUUGAGCUGAAUAUAAGUGUUCAGAAUUUUUUUUCUUCACAUUCAUUCAAUAUUUUUCAGUAAAUCAUAUUCUAGAUUUAUUUAAUGCCUUUCAUAUAUUAGAAAUUUGUUAUGCACACAUUCAUUUAAUAGUCAAUUAUGACAUAAUCUAUAAUAGCAUUUUUAUGGCAGCAAAUGGAACCCAGUCAAAUAUCCACUUCUUAUAUAUUUACUUGUAUUAAGAAUUCUAAUUAUCAGAGCAUGUCACAUUUAUAGUCACUUUAUAAUUUAACUUUUUAAGAAUGUUUUAGUUGUAUGACAUGGUAGUUUCAAACUUUUUUUUAUAAAAAAAAAUUAGUGCCUUUUUCUACUAAAUAUAGGACUAUUAUACUGAUAAAAGUAAUGAUUUUAAUCAAAACUAAUCUUAAUGCUUCACAUUUUGAUUUAUUUUCUUCAGGAUGCUAUGUCAAAGAAAAACUCUAUGGAUAGGGUCUUAUGUAAGUAAAUAAUUGAUUUAUUAAUUUCAUAAAUUCUUUUUAAAUACUAGCAGUAUGCAAAGUCAUGUAAGAAAUUUAAACAAAUACAAUACACAACCUCUUACUUUCUUGAGAUUUUUUAAUUCAAUUCAAUAAACACAAGUAACCAAAAUAUACAGUGGUAUGUGAUAAGAGCUUAGAAAUAACAUAAAAAUUAACAAAAGAUGUUUUUGGCUUCACAUUUUUAGAGGUUUUAAAAUUACAUUACAUUGUUUAAAAAUUGUUGACUGAAGAUUAUCCAGUAAAAAUCAGUCAAAGGCAUUUUUGAAUAACAUUAUGUAAGAAACCAUUUCUGGUUCAUUAAACUCAGCCAAUUUUUCUACUAAAAUUUAAUGUCACAGUUUGUAACAAGGAGUCUGACUCCAUUUUUUGAUGUUUGACUGUUGAUAGCUUUUAAGUCUCAUCCUUUAUUUUUCCCUUUGUCCCGCCCUUCUGGACACACUGGCAAGAAAACUCUGGUGUUUUCUUCUCCUUUGCUGGAGGCAAGAAAUUCAAAUCUCAUAAAUCCUCCCUACAUGAGCAAACUCACCAACUUGUACAAUAAAAACCUAAGCAAGUCUCUUUCCUGUCUCUCUCUUGCCAUUUAGGAUCUUCCUGAGACGCCUUCCUGCUCCUCCCAGAGACCUCAAUUACAUAAACGAUUAACCUUUCCAUAACCUCUUUUUUUUUGUGGGGGGCAUCGUCAGUGUCAGUGUCCAUACCCAACUGUAAAUGAAUGUUUGUCAGCCUCUACCAAGUUACUGAUGUCUAAAACGGUCAUUUUAUUAGGCUAACUGCAACUUAAUACACAGUUAAUGGAACUCUAAUAAUCAUUUAAAAGAUCAAUAUUUUGUAUUGUCUUUUUAUCUCCAUCUUCAAAAUACUUCAAAAAUAACAUCUCUUAAUAAUUUUCUUAUGAAAGAAAUGUCUCAAAAUUUUAUUGCAUUUAUUUGUUAAAUACAAUAUAUUAUUACAAAAUGCAUUUGUGAUUUUAACUCCAGGGUGAUUUACAUUUGGUUAUUGAAAGACUAGAGAGUUUCCUAAAUAGACGCAUAAAAUAACAACAUACAUUAACAUAUGUGAAGCCCAAUCAGUGUACUUAAGAAGUACACUGUACUAAUCAUUUUACAGGGCAUUGACUUCUUAAAAGUCUUUUAUUUAGUUACAAUUCGUAUAUCUAUCCUAUAUAAUAGCAAACUGAAACCUAUCUAAUAUCACAUAUUGGUAAAACAUGAAGGAAAGGUUUAAUUUCAGACAAUCUGACUCAGUAGACUUUCUUUUUGAUCAAUAUACUCUACCGGAUCAUCAUCAUUUUAUGAAAUUAAGGAUGGUGGCAUUGAGCUGGGAACUGUUUAAUCAGAUAUUUUUCUCAGAUAAUAUAAUAUUACAUUCAAUUUGCUAAGAGAGAAGAAAGAAUAAUGAAUGGUCUAAUAAGAGUUUGGAGUUUUAAAAAAUCAAAAUAUAUAACAUUUUUCUUGUAAAGAAAGGAUCUGAAAUUAUACAAACAAGUUCUUGAUAAGGAUAAUACCUGAAUCUGAUACCAUGAAAAAUCUAAUAAUACAUAGCCAAAGCUAACUCAAAACUACAACAUAUUAAAGCAAUGUCCCCUGCUGUAGUGUAAAGCAAGUGGUUUAGUACAGUACAUACAAUCAAGAUUUACUGUGUACUUAUAGAAGGCUAGAACAGUUCCUACUUCAUUACCACUCUUGAAUGGAUGAAAGUCAAAGAUAGACUAGGUGGAAAAAUGAGAAAUGUCAUUGAAACGCACAGUAUUAAAGAACAACAUAAUAAUAUCUGCCUUGUAGAAAACAUCUAAUUUGUUAACAAAUAAUUUUUAGUAAUUAUAUAAUAAAUAUUCAAAAAAAAUCACACAGUAAAGCUAAAAUGCAGACUGUUAAAAGAUUUCUGCUGAUUAUCUCUCUCAAAUGGAAGGAUUAAGCUCUGAUUGGAGAAAUUCUCACAGAAUUUUGUAUAAUAUUUUACUCUGGCAAAUCAUGUGGUAUGUCUGUAGGGUUAGAUGUAAGUCUAUUUUUCGUUGAAAGCUGAAGUGUUUAAGACUUCUGCAAAAACAAUGAUGGAUAAAUUUGUAUUCACACCUUGAAGGCAGAUAGGGAGUACUGGGACAAACAGAAAUUUGAGAUCAGGAGUGAGAUCAUAUGUCUGACAUUUCCUUAUGAUGCUUUAAAACUGUGAAAGAUCAUUUUUGAAUUAAUCUGUGGAGCAAUCAAAUGAAGAUGGGGACUAGCAGCAGUUAAGUCUAAUUCUAAGAAAAAAUAUUGAACAUCACAGCUGUUAUUAGCUACAUCCAUCAUAAAAAGAACAGUCUGGAAUUUGAGAACCACUUUCCGGGGAAAUGAGAAACUAGAUAAAUGAACAAUGAUGACACUAAUCCCAAUAUUUAUUUUUCUCUGGCCUCUGAAUAAAUGCUGUGUUUUGUUUUGUUUUGUUUAUUUGUUCUGGUUCUUUUUGUCAAUGGUAUUCAAUUAAAUAAAACGUCAGAGGUGAGCCAAGGAAGUAUUUUAGCAGUCCUUUGCUCUGCUGCACACAUAUUUUAUUCAUCCAUUUUUCCAGCAUGACUUUAAAUGUGUCAAAGUGCAAAUAUUUUCUACAGUGCUGAAGACAAGUUUUCAAUGACAGAAAGCUCCAUACAUUGCCAAGGGCAAAACUGGUAUAACAUUGUCUUAAACAGAAGCUAAUGUAUUGGUUCCCCAUCAUAUGCUGACAUCUAUAUAACAACACAUUUUGACAGUGUGGCGGAUGGUUUUUAUAUGUCAUCUAACUAUGUUUAAAAACAGAGAUCUUAAUUUUUAUGGUAACAUAAUACAUACUUUGACUCACAAUUCAGCAUUCAUUGAGAAAGAGCUAUCUGGGAAACAUCUUGUUCUAAAUAUCCCACUUAUUUUCCAUUCAUUACAAUGGUCAUAUUCUGUAUUGAUGGCAGCAUGCUAAUAUAUUGUGUAACUUGUAAAAAAUUUAGCUAAUAAAAUUAUACUUAUAUUAGCUUCAGAUUUGUUGAUGUAUUUGCUUAAUAAAAUAAGGCAUCUUAUCAAGGAAUCAUCACAUGAUGUCAUCUACUUCUUACGUGGAUAUUAUUUAUUGAAUUAUAUUAAC